AUGGCGCACACUCUUGUCAACUUCAGCGGUCACCAGCAUCUUCGACAUCGCCUGGUGCUAGCCAUUUUAACCGGGAAACAUAUCCGAAUAGAUAAAAUUCGUUCAGAGGACAAAAAUCCUGGCUUGCGAGAUUUCGAAAUCAGUCUCCUGCGUCUUCUGGAAAAAAUAACCAAUGGAACAAUAAUUGAAAUCUCUGUAACAGGUACCUCGAUUCUACUCAAACCUGGUAUCAUCUUUGGCGGCGCGUUACAACAUGACUGCCCAAAAUCCCGCUCUAUCGGCUACUUCCUGGAACCCAUCAUUAUGUUGGCACCUUUCGCAAAGAGACCAGUCCAGCUGACGCUGAAGGGGAUCACCACAGACGACCAUGACCUCUCGGCAGAUCUUUUGCGGACAGUAACAUUGCCCCAUCUACAACUCUUUGGAAUUUCAAAUGGGUUAGAGCUACGGAUUAAAAAACGAGGGGCGCCUCCUGAAGGGGGAGGCGAGGUUCAGUUUUUGUGCCCAAUCGUGAAACAACUCAAGACGUUAAAUUUUGUGGAUCCGGGUAAAGUCAAGCGGAUACGGGGCAUAGCCCACGCCGUACGAGUGAACCCUCAGUUUUCAAAUCGUAUGAUCGAAGCAUCGCGAUCAAUUCUCAAUCGAUAUAUUCCAGACAUCUACCUCUACUCCGACGUUUACAAGGGAGACGAAAGCGGGAAAUCACCAGGUUAUGCAUUAAGCCUACUGGCUGAAUCUACCACCUCUGUCAUUCACUGUGCAGAAGCAGUGUCUGAACCAGGUGUGGCGCCAGAAGAUAUAGGACUCAAGGCGACACGACAGCUUCUCGCAGAGGUUAACAAAGGCGGUUGCGUGGACCGAAAGCAUCAAACACUGGUUCUGAUGUUUAUGGUUUUGGGAAGUGAAGAUGUUGGACGCUGUCGUAUGGGUGAACCGACGCCUAGAACAAUACAAUUUCUCCGAGAUGUGCAGACUUUCUUUGGCACUUCAUUCAAAAUCGUGGCACUUCCAGGGUGUUCACAAUUGUUGUAUUCCUGCUAUGGCACGGGAUAUGUAAACGCAAACAGGACAUUGGCGUGA